AUUGAUUCUACAAACACAAAAAAAACAAGUGACAAGUAGAGAGAGGUGAGAGAGUGGAUUCUCUCUUUUCUUCUCUCCCCUACCGUUCGCCGUUCACUCGUCACAUCUUCUUUUGCCUUUGAUUCCGGUGGCCGGCGGAGGGUCUCUACCCGUCGGUCACCACCCCAUUUUCUCCCGUGUCCAGCCUCCUCCCUGUUAAGCUCUCUCUCUUCCCUUUUCCUCUUUGCGUAUCACCUCUGGUUUUCGAGGAUAGCGGCCGGAUCUAUCGAACAAAAAGGUUUCUGAGCGUGUACUCAGCAACUCCGGAGUGAUAGCGAGGUUCUGGGUGGUCCGAUCUUGUCAGGAGGCGUCGAUUUGUUGGUAGAUCUAGGGUUUGACUUAAACGGAUCUGGGUCAGAUCUGUUACGGAGGCUCACCGGGGUGGAUGAGCGUCGCUGCCUUCUCUCCUCUGGGUUAAUUUCUGCCUCCUCUGUCCUCCCCUGCCUCCUCCUUCGACUGCUUUGUAAGGAACUUCCCCAUCUAACCUUCGGUCCAAGAUGUAAAGGCGAAUCAGAGGCAUUCGCUGGGGACUUCUUCUCCGUCUUGAUUUCUAAACAACCACCAUGGCGAUUGGGUAUGUUUGGUCCUGUCUCUGUGGCUUGAGAUGGCCAUGGGCUUCGUGCCGUUGCUCUGUUCUAUCUCUGGUCCAUGUGACGGGUCUUUUAUCGUUUCUGCCUGUUGAUGGGAGCUCUAGCUUCUUCAUACUUCAAAGCUUCAGAAGAAAGGAGACCGCCUGUUUCCUGCCGACUCGAUGCUUAGAAACUGGAACCUUUUAGUGCUCUGCUCGUGUGUGGGGACCGGAGUCGAGCCGAUAGAACCUCCGCUUCCUUCAGCCAGUACUCACCAAUGCUUAUUCUACUAGCUUCCUCGCGUUGGGUUGGGUCAACAGGGAUCUGGCUCGUUGCCUUUCUGGAGUGUGUGCAGCGUCUGGAGUGGACUUUAAACGGUUGUGGUGGCCGGACCAGGACUUGGUCACUCCUGCUUCGCCUGUCCUCCAUUUGAAGUCGCCUUUGGGACAGUCCGCGGUGCCUCUGACUGUUCUCCGGUUGUCUACUCUACUGAUCCCUUCUUUUGUUACAGGUUCCGGUAAUGAGUUUCAUGACGUGAUCUACUGCAGCUUAUUGGUUGUUCUGAUAUCUUAAACUUGCUAAGCUUUAGUCAUAUAUCUAGAGAUUGUGGCUAAACCUUCAUUGUUCUAGAGAGUCUUUUUUACCUUUUUUUGUGGCUCUCUACAGCAUCAAAGCUUUGAUUAGCCUCUUAGAUAUCUAGGAUUUGAUUCAUCAAAACCUUGUAUCUCCUUGUGUCAUUUUGAUUAAUGAAAAUUCACAUACUUAUCAAAAAAAAAAAAAAAAAAAAAAAUUCUACAAACACCAGCUAUGCGGUAUUCUCUUAAUUAAUGUGAGUGACAUCUUCUUCUUUUUUGACAGCGAGUGACAAUCUUUUAAAGUAAUGUUUUUAAAGUAUGUCAGUGAGCACGAUCGAUAGUAACGACAAACAAAAUCAGAAGAAAACAUGAAUGUUGUUGACCAAAAGAAAAGGAACGUUUUGCAUGAUGUUUAAAAAUGUUUAUAAUGAAAUACGAAUAAUCUUCAAAAAACUUUUGUUGUAAAAAUUAUUGGCUUGUCAUCAACCACUCCUCUCCUUUCUCGGCUAUAAAAGGUGUAAUCCGUCUUUCCUAACUUGUCACAACUUCUCACUUAUUUACCCAAACAAAAACAAAAUCUAUAAAGCAAAAAAAAAAGAAGUAUUUUAGUUUCGUUCUUCACAUGCAAAGAUAGAAAAAAAAAUUAAGAUCAUUUUGAGUUAGCGGUUCUGAUUGAGCUACUGAAUUUAGUUAAAAGAAAAUGGUUGUAAAUGUAACAAAUAUCAAAGCGGCGUCAGAUGGAAUAUGGGAAGGAGACAAUCCUCUCAAGUGUGCCUUUCCUCUUUUAAUAGUACAAGUCAUACUUGUCCUCUUCAGCAGCCGCUUCCUUGCCUUCCUCCUCAGACCUCUACGUCAACCCAAAGUCGUGGCCGAGAUCCUCGGAGGGAUAUUGUUGGGACCUUCAGCAUUGGGAAGAAACAAAGAAUUUCUUGAACUAUUUUUUCCUAAAUGGAGCACACCAAUACUUGAGUCAGUGGCAAGUAUUGGUCUCCUUUUCUGCCUCUUCCUAGUCGGUCUAGAGCUGGACUUCGCAGCUAUAGGCCAAACAGGAAAGAAAGCUUUUGCUAUAUCACUCGCUGGAAUCUGUCUGCCAUUUGCUUUAGGCGCGGCCAUUUCUCUCUUCCUCCGUACAGCCGUGGAGGAGGAUCAUGGCUCAGCUGGGUACUGGCAGUUCCUUCUCUUUAUUGGAGUUGCUCUUUCCAUCACAGCUUUCCCAGUCCUUGCCAGUAUCUUAGCCGAGCUCAAGCUCUUAACCACAAGCGUUGGCCAAACAGCGUUAGCGGCCGCAGCCUUCAACGACAUAGCCGCAUGGAUCCUCCUUGCCCUAGCCGUGGCUCUCCCCGGUAGCCACGACCAUCAAAAACAUGUCUCCCCAUUGAUAUCCAUAUGGGCCCUCCUCUCGGGUGUAGCCUUUGUAAUCUUCAUGUUUUUUCUGAUCCAACCUACCAUGAGAUGGAUCAUCCGGUACUAUGACGGGACCAUGCACGAGGCUUGCAUAUACCUAACACUAGCUGGUGUUCUGGUCUUCGGUUUCAUCACAGACCUAAUCGGACUACACUCCAUUUUUGGAGCGUUCGUAUUUGGCCUAAUCAUCCCUAAAAGUGGAUCUUUCAGCGACCGGCUUGUAGAGAGGAUAGAUGACUUUGUUUCCGGGCUGCUGCUUCCACUCUACUUUGCAUCUAGUGGACUGAAGACGGAUGUGAAUAAGAUCAUAGGUGCAGAGGCGUGGGGGAUACUGGCCUUGGUCAUAUCCACGGCUUGCGCAGGCAAGAUCAUUGGUACCUUCCUCAUGGCGAUGAUGUGCACCAUACCGGCGCGUGAAUCCCUCACUUUAGGUUUUUUGAUGAACACUAAAGGGCUAGUUGAGCUAGUUGUACUUAACAUCGGUAGGGAGAAGAAGGUAUUAAACGAGGAGAUGUUCGCAAUCCUAGUAGUGAUGGCUCUCGUCACAACCUUCAUGACGACUCCCUCAGUCGUGGCUAUAUACAAACCAAUGAACAAUGGCGGUUUAGACAGUACUACAUCUGAAGGUAAGGGGAAGUUACGCAUACUAGCAUGCGUACGUAGCCCCCGAGACGUCCCUUGUAUAAUCAAACUCGUCGAGUCUUUUGGUACGUCCGACGGAUCAGUCACACUAUAUGUGAUGCACUUGAUGGAACUUACUGACCGACCAUCCUCCAUCUCAAUGGUCCAACGAACGAGGAGAAACGGUGUGCCGUUCAUACACAAGUUGUGUAAAGGGAGGUCACGUAACGAGAUAGAAGAUGCUUUCAGUAUUUACGAACAGGCCAGGGACCAGAAGCAGAAGAUAAAGAUACGCCACUUGAAAAGUGUGUCGGCGUUGGGGACUAUGCACGAGGACAUAUGCAAUGUUGCGGAACGUAAGAAGGUGUGGAUGGUCGUAUUACCGUAUAUGGUUACUGGAUGGCGAGUGGUCAACCAAAGAGUGAUGGAAAAUGCUAAAUGCUCGGUCACGGUUCUAAGCCAUCAAGAGGCUGGAGAAAGCAGUAUUAGUAGCGGCCAGGCGCCAAAAAGGGUAGGAGUUGUGUUCAUUGGUGGACCAAACGAUAGAAAAGCACUUAAGAUUGGAAGUAGAAUGGCUCAAAACCCCAAGAUUAUAGUAACACUUUUGCUAUUCUCUGAUAACACCAAAGCUUCUCCAUAUUGUGAGAAGGAUAUUGAUGAAGUAGCAGUGGAAGAAUUCAAGAAACAAUGUGAAGGUGUAGUGGUAGAGUAUGAAGAUAUAGCAGUUGAGGGAAAUAUAGCAAAGAUUAUAGAGGCAAUGGGAAGGAAGGAGUAUGAGCUUGUGAUAAUUGGAAAUCGACAAGUUUUAACAAGUUACUAUGAGAUGGGACGAGUCGAGGUUUCAACACUUGUCAUUCAUGGAUGCAGUGAAAAUGAUAGAGCUAAAACUUUUGUGGGAGAUAAUGUUUGAGACUAGGGAAGAGGAGAUGAACCUUAUGUAAAUAUAAUGAUCCUCUCUAAAUACCACUGUAAAAUAAUUUGCUGGAGAACUUUUAAUUUACAAUGUUGCUUCUCAAUAAAUGUUGACAGUUUCUCAAAUUUCUAGUGGAUGAACGCCUGAGCAUUUUAGAUGAAACUCGAGGAAUCCAACCAAAUCAAACUGAAUUGAAAUUCAUUUUAACAGUUAUUGUGCUUCUAUAACAAAAAAUCAAAAUUAUAUUGAAAUCAAAAUGAAAACUGAAAAUAUAUAUGAAUAUCCAUAAUAUAAUUCAUGGACCAGAAAAAUAUUAGAUAUGUUUAGUAUCAAAAUAACCAUAUAUCUAAAAUUACAACCUAUAAAUCCAAAUUUCAGUUCACAAAUAUAUAAAUUAUAAAAUAUUAUAUUGAAUUAUAUAAUACGAAACUAUCCGGAUUAUUUGAUAGUUUAAUUUAAAUAAUCUAAAAUAUCUGAUCCUUUAUCCAAAACAUUCGAAUUAUUUGAUAUUUUUCUUUGAAUUAUAUGAAAUUACAUAAAAACUCUAAGCAAAACCGAAAUUAAAUUAGAUCUAAACUAAACUCGAACUAUUUCAGGUAUUGACUUGUUUCCGAUACUUUUAUGAGAACAGAACCGAAAAACCAAAAUAAUUAAACCUUAAUAAAACUAAUUUUUUGAAUGGUUUCCAUAUCUCUACAUGCAAAAGAACCAAAACCCAAAAAAAAUUGAACCUGAACCUAACUAAAAGAAUGUUCAUGUCAUAGGUGUAAAUGUUUUAGUGAACAUCCCACACGUGCCUAAAACAUGUAAACAGAAACCCGCACGUGCCUCAAAACACGUACAAAGAAAACGCGGGUUACCACUUAGAGCACCCCCAUUGAGGGUUCAUGGGGGGAGUUCACACAAAAACCAAGAAAAAAAAAUAAUAAAAUAAUUCAAUCCCAUGAACCCUCUCUCUCCUAAAGUUCUCUUGGUUGAACCCCUCUCUCCUAAAGUUCAUCACUGUAGCGCGGGCCCCACGUGUCGUGGCGGCCCGCGAUUGGUCUAACUUUUUUUUUUUUUUUU